CCAAACCCUUUUCCUCUUUUCAUUCUUUUUUAUUUUUUUCUCCCUACUCACCGCAGAUCCGAUCGUCGGUCCGCCGGAUUAGAAUCUCAUCGCCACCUUCAUGGAGGAGGCACUGGAAUUGUCGCGUGCCAAGGACACCAAGGAGCGGAUGGCCGGGGUCGAGCGACUGUACCAACACCUCGAGGCUUCGAGCAAAGUUCUGUCCUCGGCGGAAGUGACCUCGCUCGUCGAUGUUUGCAUAGAUCUCUUGAAGGAUAACAACUUCCGAGUGUCUCAGGGCGCGUUGCAGGCACUCGCCUCCGCCGCAGUGCUCUCCGGCGAGCAUUUUAAAUUGCACUUCAAUGCGCUGGUGCCAGCGGUGGUGGAGAGGCUGGGUGAUGCUAAACAGCCGGUAAGAGAUGCUGCGAAAAGGCUUCUGUUGACGCUCAUGGAGGUGUCUUCACCAACUAUCAUUGUUGAGAGAGCGGGAUCUUAUGCUUGGACACACAGGAGCUGGAGAGUUCGUGAAGAGUUUGUUCGUACAGUAACAUCAGCUAUUGGUCUGUUUGCAUCCACGGAGCUACCUCUUCAGCGGGCAAUUCUUCCAUCUAUCUUGCAGUUGCUGAAUGAUCCAAAUCCUGGAGUGAGAGAUGCUUCUAUAUCUUGUAUUGAGGAAAUGUAUACUCAGGCUGGGCCACAAUUCCUUGAGGAACUGCACCGGCAUCAUCUUCCUUCAUCAAUGUUAAAAGAUAUAAAUGCCAGAUUAGAUAAAGUUGAGCCGAAGGUUAACUCUUCUGAUGCUGUUGCCCGCAAUUACUCAUAUAAUGAAACCAAAAAUGUACUCAGUAAUCCAAAGAAAAGCAGCCCCAAGGCUAAAAGUUCGGGGCGUGAGGCGUCUCUGUUUGGAGCAGCAGAUGGUGAUGUUACAGAAAAACCUGUUGAACCAAUUAAAGUAUAUUCAGAAAAGGAGCUUGGAAGGGAGUUUGAGAAGAUUGCUUCCACCCUUGUCCCUGAAAAGGAUUGGUCUAUUCGUAUCGCUGCCAUGCAGCGAGUUGAAGGCCUUGUUGUUGGAGGUGCAGCUGAUUACCCCAGUUUUCGUGGGCUUCUUAAACAGCUGGUUGGGCCUUUGAGCACACAAUUAUCUGAUCGACGAUCUAGCAUUGUGAAACAGGCCUGCCAUUUGUUAUGCUUCUUAUCAAAAGAGCUUUUGGGAGACUUUGAACCAUGUGCCGAAAUGUUUAUUCCGGUCCUUUUCAAGCUUGUUGUGAUAACGGUGCUUGUAAUUGCAGAAUCUGCUGAUAAUUGCAUAAAGACGAUGUUACGCAAUUGCAAGGUGUCUCGUUCACUUCCUCGGAUUGUCGACUCUGCAAAAAAUGACCGUAAUGCUGUGCUCCGUGCAAGGUGUUGUGAAUAUGCACUUUUAAUCCUCGAGAAUUGGGCUGAUGCGCCUGAAAUACAACGAUCUGCUGAUCUCUAUGAAGACCUUAUUAGGUGUUGUGUGGCGGAUGCAAUGAGUGAAGUACGAUCAACUGCAAGGAGUUGUUAUCGAAUGUUUGCAAAGACCUGGCCUGAUCGUUCUCGACGGUUGUUUUUGUCGUUUGAUCCUGUAGUUCAAAGGGUCAUAAAUGACGAGGAUGGAGGAAUAAAUAGAAGACAUGCUUCUCCAUCCAUUCGUGAAAGAAGUUCAUAUAUGCCAAUGACCUCUCAGGCAUCUACUCACUCAGAUAUCCACAGUUAUGGAACUUCUGCUAUAGUUGCAAUGGAUAGAACUGCUAGUUUACCUACACGGAGUUCUGUUACGUCUGGACUACUACUCUCACAAGCAAAGUCUGCAGGUAAGGGUACCGACCGUAGUCUGGAAAGUGUGUUACACUCUAGCAAGCAGAAGGUCACUGCUAUAGAAAGUAUGCUGAGGGGUUUAAAUAUAUCUGAGAAAGGCCGUUCCUCCAGUUUGGAUCUAGGAGUUGACCCACCAUCAUCUCGUGAUCCACCAUUGCCUCUUGCUGUGCCAGCCUCAAAUAGUCUCUCCAGUAUUUUAGCUGAUAAAGCAUCUGGUGUGUCUAAACUCCACAAUCGGAAUGGAGGACUGGCUUUGUCUGAUAUUAUGGCGCAAAUACAGGCUUCUAAAGAGUCAAGUACAUCAUCUAAUCAUAAUACUUUGGGAAGUGAACAGCUGGUAAAUCCUAUUUCUUCCUCAUCCAAGAGAGUUCCUGAAAGGGUACAGGAUAAAAGAUACAUUGAAGAACAUGCAGGGUUCAGGGAGUCACGGCGGUAUAUAAACUCUUAUGCUGAUAAGCAAUAUCUGGAUACACCAUACAGAGAUGGAAAUUACAAGGAUUCUUUGCACUAUGUCCCAAAUUUUCAGCAACCCCUUGUUAGGAAGAAUACAACUGGUCGAGUGUCUGCUGGCCGGAGGAGGAGCUUUGAUGAUAGUCAACUCUCUUCAGGAGAUGCAUCAAGUCAUGCAAACAGGGUAGCAUCUCUUAGUGAUGCUCUAAGUGAGGGAUUGAGUACUAGUUCAGAUUGGAAUGCUCGUGUUGGUGCAUUCAAUUAUGUUCACUCUCUGAUACAAGAUUCAAGAGGUGUUCAAGAAGUUGUGCAGAGCUUUGAGAAGGUCAUGAAACUGUUUUUCAGGCAUUUGGAUGAUCCCCACCACAAAGUUGCUCAGGCUUCCCUUUCAACUCUAUCGGAUCUGAUUCCACCUUGCAAAAAGCCAUUUGAAAGUUACAUGGAGAGAAUUCUGCCUCAUGUUUUUUCUAGGCUGAUAGAUCCAAAGGAAUCAGUGAGACAAGCUUGCUCGAAUACAUUAGAAAUUGUUGGCAAAACAUACAGCACGGAUUCUCUUUUACCUGCUUUACUACGAUCUCUGGACGAACAGCGUUCACCCAAGGCAAAAUUGGCUGUUAUUGAAUUUGCUAUAGGUUCAUUCAACAAGCAUACACCGAAUUCAGAAGGGUGUGCCAACAGUGGCAUACUUAAGCUGUGGCUUGCAAAAUUGACUCCGCUAGUUCAUGAUAAAAAUACCAAACUGAAAGAGGCAGCUAUAUCUUGCAUAAUAUCUGUUUAUACUCAUUUUGAUUCUUCUGCGGUGUUGAAUUUAAUUAUCAGUUUAUCCAUAGAAGAGCAGAACUCCUUAAGACGAGCCCUCAAGCAGUAUACUCCCCGCAUAGAAGUAGAUCUGAUGAACUUUUUACAGAGCAAGAAAGACAAACGAGGCAAGUCAUCAUAUGAUCCAUCUGACAUGGUUGGAACAUCUUCUGAUGAUGGUUAUGUUGGCGCAUCAAAAAAGAGUCAUCUGUUUGGAAGGUAUUCUUCUGGUUCUGUUGAUAGUGAUGGCGGGAGGAAGUGGGGCACUUCUCAAGAUAUGUCUUAUGUCACUAGUUCUACCGGAAACAUAAACUCUGAAGUAACUCGGGAGAAUUUGCAUUACCAUGGGGUAGAAGCUAAUGCAAACCUUAAUGCUCCUUCUUCAGAUUACAAAAGUUUGAUUUAUGCGCCCAAUACCUUCAGUGAGAAUUUUGAGUCUUGGGCAGAUAAGGAUGCAAAUGCAGAUUCCCUGCAUUUGAAUGAUGGCCAGAUUAAUGUAUCUGAUCAUAUGCAACACUCUAUUGACUUCAGUGUUGAUUCUGUGCCAUCAUCCGAACUACCCCUAAGUCAUCCUAAACUUCCUCAAUUGAAUGGAAAUUCUGCGACUGAGACUGGACCAAGCAUUCCCCAUAUUCUUCAUUUGAUUUGUAAUGGCAAUGAUGGAAGUCCUACGGAUAAGCAUAGUGCACUUCAGCAGUUGGCUGAAAUUUCUUUGUCCAAUGAUCACUCUGUUUGGAGCAAGUACUUCAACCAAAUCUUGACGGCUGUACUUGAAGUUUUAGACGACCCAGAUACAUCAAUACGUGAGCUGGCUCUCACACUAAUUAUCGAAAUGUUAAAGAAUCAGAAGAAUUUGAUGGAGGAUUCCAUUGAGAUUGUUAUUGAAAAGCUACUUUACGUGAGCAAGGACAGUAUUCCAAAAGUGUCAAACGAAUCAGAGCAUUGCUUGACUAUAGUAUUGGCUCAGUAUGAUCCUUUUCGAUGCCUCAGUGUAAUUGUCCCAUUGCUCGUCACUGAAGAUGAGAGAACUCUCGUCACAUGCAUAAACUGUUUGACUAAGCUUGUCGGGAGGCUCUCCCAAGAGGAACUUCUGGCUCAACUCCCCUCAUUUUUGCCUGCUCUGUUUGAUUCAUUUGGCAAUCAAAGUGCAGAUGUCCGCAAAACUGUUGUAUUCUGUCUGGUCGACAUUUACAUCGUGCUGGGGAAAGCAUUUCUUCCAUAUCUGGAGGGGCUCAAUAGCACCCAGUUAAGACUAGUGACAAUUUAUGCCAACAGGAUUUCGCAGGCCCGGAAUGGGGUGCCGAUUGAUAAUUCUACCUCCCAAUGAUUAGAGCUUUCGGUAUGUGUGUAUGAUCUGUGGUUUUGAUGUUCGUUGCUCCUUAUUUCUGCGUGUAUGUUUGUGUAUUUGUGUGUAUAUUUGUGUGAAAUAUAUUCCCUGGUUGGGUUGUUGAUUCUGUAAGUUUUGGUAGCAUUUGGAAUUUGGUGAAUUGAGGAUAAACUCAUAAAAGAAGGUGCCUUUUAAUGAAAUCAUAUGUGAGUGAUAUGUGUUACUUGAA